AUGACCCUGAGUAACAAACCAUCAAACACCAGGCUAAACGGCUUUCAUACCCCUAAUAUUAGAAGUACAAGCAUUAUUGCCAGUGUCUAUCAGAAAGGAAACAGAAAUAAAACAGUUCUAUUGUGUUGUUUUUUUUUAAAUCUCUGGGUUAUCCCUGCAGGUCGGACCAUGUACGUGAUCCCCUUCAGCAUGGGACCGGUCGGCUCAACGCUAAGUAAAUAUGGCGUCCAGGUGACAGACUCGCCGUACGUCGUGGCCAGCAUGGGGAUCAUGACACGCAUGGGCACUCCUGUUCUGCAGAAACUGUCCGAAGGAGCGGAGUUCGUCCGCUGUCAGCACUCUUUAGGACGGCCUUUCCCACUCAAAGCUCCCCUAGUCAAUUCCUGGCCCUGCAACCCAGAAAAAGUCCUGAUAUCUCACCUGCCAGACACCAGGCAGAUUUUGUCCUUCGGCAGCGGUUAUGGAGGAAACUCUCUCCUUGGGAAGAAGUGCUUUGCCCUCCGCAUCGCCUCCCGCAUCGCCAAGGACGAGGGCUGGCUGGCGGAGCACAUGUUGAUCCUUGGCAUCACCAGCCCUCAGGGGGUGAAGCGUUACGUGGCAGCGGCCUUCCCCAGUGCCUGCGGUAAAACCAACCUGGCCAUGAUGAAGCCCGCUAUCCCAGGCUGGAAGGUGGAGUGCGUAGGGGACGACAUUGCAUGGAUGAAGUUCGACAGUCAGGGCAAACUCAGGGCCAUCAACCCAGAGAACGGCUUCUUCGGAGUCGCCCCGGGCACUUCGGACAAGACCAACCCUUACGCCAUGGCCACCAUCUCCAAAAACACGGUGUUCACCAACGUCGGCGAGACGAGCGACGGAGGAGUGUGGUGGGAGGGGCUCGACCCCCCCACAGCCGGAGUUACCCUCACCGACUGGCACGGAAAAACGUGGAGGCCAGGAAACUCCACACCGUGUGCCCACCCUAACUCACGCUUCUGUGCCCCGGCGGCUCAGUGCCCCAUCAUUGACCCCCAGUGGGAGAGCGAGGAAGGGGUUCCCAUCGAUGCCAUCAUCUUUGGAGGCAGAAGGCCUGAAGGAGUCCCUCUGGUCUACGAGUCUUUCAACUGGCAACAUGGAGUGUUUGUUGGAGCUGCCAUGAGAUCGGAGGCCACAGCAGCUGCAGAACAUAAAGGAAAGGUGAUCAUGCACGACCCCUUCGCCAUGCGUCCGUUCUUUGGCUACAACUUUGGCGACUACCUCGCUCACUGGCUGAGCAUGCAGAGCAGGAAGGCGCCCACCAAGCUGCCAAAGAUCUUCCACGUCAACUGGUUCAGGAAGGACCCCGCGAGCGGCGCCUUCCUCUGGCCCGGCUUCGGAGAAAACGCCCGCGUGCUGGAGUGGAUCUUCAAGCGCUGCGGCAGAGAGAGGGAGGACGAGGCGGCCAGGAAGAGCUACAUCGGCUGGCUGCCGGAGGCCGGCGCCAUCGACACCAAAGGUUUGGGCGGUAAGGUGGAUAUGGGCGCCCUGUUCGACGUGCCCAAACCUUUCUGGCAGCAGGAGACCAAGGAGCUGAGGGCGUACUUCACCCAGCAGGUCGGAGCUGACCUGCCCGCGCAGGUGGAGGCCGAGCUGAAGGCGCUGGAGGACAGGGUCCACAGUUAGACGCUUUUAAAGAGCCAGGGACAGGAAGCUAAUCCAGGAGAAGGGAGGCAUUCAGGGAACACGACACAUCAGGGUCAGUCGGAGCCGCCGGCUGGGUUUACGUACACAGAGAAGUCUGGACCGUGCUAACAGGAAAAAACAAAAAGUUUUCCUGUGUUGCAUGAUGACAUGUCUC